CCCGCCUGCUCUCCCGCUUGUCACUUGCGUCCAGCACGCCUUCUGUCGACUGACUUACUCAUAAUCUUGCUGCCUUCCAGCGUCUUCCGUGCCUACGUGUGUCUGGGACGGCUGGUGGGUGUUGCAUAUUAUCCCAUGCGCGAUGGAUGGCGGUCGUUAAAUGUGAAGAUCAACUCGGCCCUUGGUUUUAAAUCCCCGCAUCUACCGGAUCGUUCGCCCUUGCUGCAAUGGAUUCCGAUGAGGUUCCUCCUCCGCCAUACUCGAGGGUCGACCCAUUAAUCGCCCAAGAAAAUAGCAAUGCCGCUGCCACCGCGGAGGUGAACCGUGUCCUGCUACGUCUGCGUGGGGGAGAAGCAGCUCUGGGUGGCACGCCAUCGAGUCCUGCAUCCAGUUCCGUCGGUGGUGAUCCUCUAACGUCUUCUGCGGGCUUGCCCGCCCACUUCAUAUCCGGUGCGGGAUACUUCGUGGAGAGGCCGCCUCCUACUUCGACCCAAGAGGGACAGACUGUCGACCAUUGCAUUGCCAUCUAUCCACGGAGUCAGUCGAAGGACUUUCCGCGGCGUCCUCGAUGUUGGAAUUCUCGAACUCAAGACAUCACCCAGCAGGACUGGGAUGUCUUCCUGAGACACCUAUUCCCCCCACAUCUCGGUCUAGCGUCUACCUCGACACAACUGCCCCGCCAACUGAGAGCCGAGAUCCAGCGAGACCGCAAAGACCGGCCACAGGAGACAGAUGAGGAGCGCAAGCGACGAGUUGCUGCGGUCAUUAUGGAAUGGAACCAGUACUUUUUCGAACCUCGCUCAGCUCGCGUCAUGUAUGUUUAUGUGAUGGACCCGCAGAAUGCGCCGCGAUCAUCCCUCUGUCCCAGGUGCUACCCUGCCGCUACAAAAGCCACGCGGGAGACACGGGAGACGCGGGAGAAUCGAAUCGCCCAAGCGUCCGACGCCGGUCGAGGUCGCUCACAGCCGUCACCAUCAACCGUGCCACCAGCAGCUGCUGAGCAGCAUGCUGCACCUCCAGCAAACCCCGCACAUACUCCAGUACCCUACGUUUACCCCACCUAUCCUACACCUCCUGCCCCUUACGUACCCUAUGGCCCUCCUGCAGUAUACAACCCAACUGUUUAUCCGGCUCAUGUGUAUCCGUACCCUACCCAACAGCCGCCACCGCCACCGCCAGCACCGUAUCCCCAACCACCUCCUUGGGGUUGGAGCGCGCCCCCAUAUGGGGCUCCGUACCAGGAUACGAGCACAUCGAAGGGUGGGCCACUUGGUUGGAUCGCAUCAUUAGCCUCCCAGGCUCAAAAGUACGGAGAGCGCUUCACGGAGCAAGCCCAGUUAUACGGCGACCAGAUCAGUGCGCAAGCACAACACUAUGGAAGGCAGGUGGAGGAACAGGCUUUUGGUCACAGUCGGUGGAUUGAGGAGCAGGCUGGCUAUCAAGGACGGAAGGUGGAGGAUGUCUUUACGGGCUUCGCCAAUCCGUCUCGCGAUGAUUGGAUAGCGAAUCAACCCCCCAAGCCGGGGUACGUUCAGCCCAGUUCUGUUUAUGCACCUGCGCCUGUGACACCUGUGACUGCGACAACACCUCAACGCGCCAUGACAGUUCCAGCUGAACGCCCUCGCAGGGCGUCGAUCGACUCGGAGGCGUCCGAUCUGUCUUUUUCAUCGAUUGAUUCCUUGUCGACGACAUCUGAUCUCAGUGCCUCUGAUCUGACUACUGUCCGCGCACAACUCUUGUCUCUGAAUGACCACCAUGAUCGUGAGCUCUACAAAGCCGCUGUGGGUCUGCGACGUCAGCUUGAUCUCGUGCAGCAAUCCCGGCGUCAAACCCGCGCAUCUGGACGGAGUAACUGGCGACACGGGUGGAGACGAUGGGAAUCGCCACAGGAGCAGCACCAGAAGCAGACAGACAAGCGGAUAGUCAAAGAAGAAACGCGGGCCACACGGAAGGCCUUCCGGGAUGUGCUCCGCCGCGCCCGAGAGGAGCAGCGUGAGAAGCGGCGGAUCAAGCGCAACCGCCGGCGCCAGGAGCAGCGAGCCCGUCAGACGCAAGGGGUUCCCCCAGAGGUUCCAUUGGAGCAAUACAUGCAGCGUUUGGAGCUGGACACCCAUCGCGAGAGCCAAUCCACGGUGCAAUCAUUUACGUCCAUCCCGUCCCCAGCACGAUCCUUGGCGGAAUCCGAAUUCAGUGAGAUCAGCUCGAUCAGCACGCCGAGCACCAAGUCUUCGCGGGGCCACGGCGAGAAGAUGCCAGGCAAAGGUGAGAAAAGCGAGAAAGGGGAGAAAUCUGGUCUAGAAAAGCAGAGCAAAGACCCAGAGAAGUCAUUUAAAGAAAAGGAUCCCGAUCGACGUGAUCGAGGGCCAUCUCGGCGCAACUAGUGCUAUACUAUUUAUCCACGGAACGAUGCAUGACCACAGCGGUGUUUAUAUUUCAGUGAAGAUUGGGGUUGGGGAUUUCAUUCAUGUAUUAUCUGUCAUUAUACAGGCGAACUAGUGAUACAGUGGUAAUUAGCAUGUGCUAUGUUUUCUUUCAUCUUACGAGCAACGUGCCACCCUUUUUUUCGAACCAGAGCACUCACACGGUUCAAUAUACCCGAAUCUACUUACCUCUACCUGUAACCAUGCUAUCUAUACAAAGAACUCCUCCCUCCAAAAAUGAAAUUAGAAAAUAAGCCGAG